GGAUCGGCUACAAGUACGCGAUGACGUCAGACGCUGCCUCUUUCCGCUCUGCUUGCUGCGAGGAUGAAGACCAUUCUCAGCAACCAGACCGUUGACAUCCCCGAGCAAGUCAGUGUUUCACUGAAGGGCCGGACAGUCAUCGUAAAGGGCCCCAGAGGAACCUUGCGAAGGGAUUUUAACCACAUCAAUGUGGAGCUGUCCCUCCUGGGAAAGAAACACAAGAAGCUACGUGUUGACAAGUGGUGGGGUAACAGAAAGGAGCUGGCAACAGUUCGCACAAUUUGCAGCCAUGUACAGAACAUGAUAAAGGGUGUUACACUGGGAUUUCGUUACAAGAUGAGGUCAGUGUACGCUCACUUCCCAAUCAACGUAGUUAUACAGGAUAAUGGCUCACUCGUGGAAAUCCGAAACUUCUUGGGAGAGAAGUACAUUCGCAGAGUCCGUAUGAGGCCAGGUGUUUCCUGUGCAGUAUCUCAAGCCCAGAAAGAUGAGCUGAUCCUUGAAGGGAAUGACAUUGAAUUGGUCUCCAAUUCAGCUGCCUUGAUCCAGCAAGCCACUACAGUCAAGAACAAGGAUAUCAGGAAAUUCUUGGACGGUAUCUAUGUCUCUGAGAAAGGAACAGUACAGCAGGCAGAUGAGUAAAACUCUUAAUAGUUGUCUGGCUCCUGGAA